GAACAAAAUGGCGUCAAAAACAGGAAUAUUUAGAUUUAGACAGCGCAUUUUCGAUUAUUUUGGCUUAUUUUUAAAUGCAUCGGGACACUGAUUUUUCUUUGAAAAGGUUCAUAACUGCAAGGAAUUGAAGUUAUUAACAUUAUGCCAGAAAGGAUGACUGGACCGGGAGACAGUGCAGAAAUCGACGUCGAUGCCAUCAUUGAACAUCUUCUGUCUGUUCGAAAUUCUCCAAAUAAACAAGUUCAACUUCCAGAGACCAAAAUCCGACAGCUUUGUCAGUUGUCGAGGGAAAUAUUCAUGGAACAGCCAAUGCUACUGGAAUUAGAAGCUCCAGUCAAUAUUUGUGGCGAUAUCCAUGGACAGUAUGAAGAUUUGUUGAGACAUUUUGAUGGGUGUGGCUACCCACCAGAUUCAAAUUAUUUAUUUCUUGGAGAUUAUGUUGACAGAGGAAAACAUUCCUUAGAAACUAUUUGUUUGAUACUUGCAUAUAAGAUCAAAUACCCAAACAAUUUCUUUUUAUUGAGAGGGAAUCAUGAAUGUGCUUCCAUCAAUAGAAUUUAUGGAUUUUAUGAUGAAUGUAAAAGAAGAUACAAUAUCAAACUUUGGAAGACAUUUACAGACUGUUUCAAUGCCUUACCAAUAGCAGCAUUAGUUGAAGGGACCAUAUUGUGUAUGCAUGGUGGAUUAUCUCCAGAUUUGUCUGACUUGCAACAAAUUCAAGAAAUUGAACGUCCACUUGAUGUUCCAGACCAAGGAUUGAUUUGUGAUUUAUUGUGGUCAGAUCCAGAUGAAGAUAUAACUGGCUGGGGUGAAAAUGACAGAGGUGUAUCCUAUACUUUUGGUCGUGAUAUUGUCAAAGAUUGUCUCAAGAAAUUUUCAUGCAGUCUGAUUGCUAGAGCUCACCAAGUUGUUGAAGAUGGGUAUCAGUUUUUUCAGAAAAGAAAGCUGGUCACAUUGUUUAGUGCUCCUAAUUAUUGUGGAGAGUUUGAUAAUGCUGGGGCUGUGAUGAUUGUAGCUCAAGAUCUAACCUGUUCAUUUAAAAUCCUGCCUCCUGACAAGAUGAAAUCUAUUGCUGCUCAAGGAAAGAAGAAAAAGUAAUUUGUUACAUGGAAAUAUGUUCCCAAAUGUGAAAGCUUAGCAUUUCAAUACUUAAAACUUUCAGUUCUAUAGUUGGUGCAUAAGCACAAACUUUAAUUGAAUCUAUUAUGACAGAACUUAAUACAGUCCUAUUGAUUAAUUACAUCCGCUUGCAUUAAGAAUUUUUUAUAAAUUUUGCUCAAUAUUAACCCAAACAUUCUAGCAUAAUGUAACUGUGUCUUGUUGUAUAAUGUAUAUUGUUCAGUGGGUUAUUAGCCUAUUAUUGAUGUGUUCAGUGACAUUCAUUGACUAGGACAAAAUAUUAGUCAUAAAAUUCAUUUGUUAUUUUCUUGAAUAUUUAUAGAAACCUUGUUACUAUAGUUUCAAUGUGAUACUUAUUGUUUACAUUGUUAUGUUACAUAUAAAAUUGUGUUCAAAAGACUUUUUUUUUGUACCUACAGUGAUAGACAUUUCAAUACAUAUAAACCAUAUAGAUGUCAA